CCGAGAGAAGAAUUAUGCAGAAAGAUAAUAUUCUCUGACCCAGCAUGCUGUUCAGCAACACUGAAUUUACUGGAAACACAACCAAUACUGUGUGGCAUCUGGGUCUACUUCAACUGAAGUCAUUUUGAAGAGUACAAGUCACUGAAGGAAUGGCCUUAUGUCUGAAAAUCUUGGUCGUCUUUGCCCUUGUGGUGACUGUGUUUAUUUUGGAAACAAGGAACCGUAACUUUCAGUUUUACUUUCCUGCCCUGGAUUAUCUGGUAGAGGAAGGAGAACACAUUCUUCCUCACAUACGGCAGGAAAGAAGUGUGCUUUCAGACUCUGAGAUUUACUCAGCAAACAUUUUAUUAAAUGCAUCGAGCGUGGGAACCUAUGAGCAGCUGCUGUCGACCCUGAACGCCACCAGUUAUCCUCUCCAGCUUGAUAACACCACAGAGAUCCGAGAUAUUACUGUUACAACAGUUUGUGUCUCCACUGAAACUGGUUUCCAGUGUGAGUGUGAAGAGCAGUUUGCUUGGCCGUACAGCUCCUGCAUCACAUAUGGAGCUUGUGAUUCCAUAUCCAGCGGCAUCUGCAAAUGCAUCUCGGCGAUCCCAGCUGACGGCUCUUCCUGUCAGCUGAUCUCUGGUAAUCACAGCUCAGUUAUGGACAAAAGAAAUGCAGUGGCCUACGUGUUGUGUAUUAUAAUGCAUUUUAUAAUUUAUCUUGCCAUAAGUGCACAAUUAAUAGCCCUGUGAGUAGUAAGUUGUCAUUAUUCGCCAUUAACUGACUCUUAAAAGUCAAAAUUACUCAUCUGUCAGACGGGUGCUGUGCUCUUCAAACGGUCUGUACCAGUUGCAAAAAAACAUUUCAGUAAAAAGGGAAAUAAAUGACAAAGAUUUGAAAAGAAUCAAAUAUG